AAAAAAAAUCUCAUCAUGCCGAACACCGCCUCAUUCUCCGACCUCCUACGUGAACAGGAAGAACUCGCCGGCUGGAUCCAGCGGUUCUGGAGCAACCUUUGCAAACUGGGGAAGGAUAAAAUAACUCGCGCCGUAUUGGAGCAGCGAAUGGGUCUCCUUGACCGCUACUGGAGCUCCUUCUUUUCCGGGCAUCGAGCUUUGAUGCGAUGCAAAGAAGCCGCAGCAAGUUCUUAUGUACAACAAGAUGUUUUUACCACGAUAGAGGAGGCCUAUUUAAACACGUCGGCAAUGAUAGCGCAGCAGCUCGCGGAUCGAACUCCUUCGCUACGCUCUGAGGUCGAGCAGAUUGCAGCGCAGCCACAGCUGCCAAAAAUUGAUCUUCCGACCUUCUCCGGUGACCCCCUACAGUGGGAAAGCUUCCGCGACUUAUUUAAGAGCCUGGUACAUGACGUACCCCACUUAUCGGAUGUUAAAAAACUCCUCUAUCUGAAGUCAAGUUUGACCGGAAGUGCGGCGGAAGUGAUUCAAAAUACCCCCAUUACGGAGGCUGGUUACCGUGGAGCUUGGGAGGAUUUAGAGAUACGAUACGGAAAUUUACGCUUAUUAUCAUUUUCGCAUCAUCGUGCUCUCCUCGCCUGCCCACCUGCAAAACAACAAUCGGCUUCGGAAUUAAAACGACUGCUCGAUACAUUUCGACAAACGAUUCGAGCAUAUACUACCUUGAAGAAACCAGUCACAGCCUGGGAUGAAUGGUUCGUCUACCUAUUAACCCAAAAAUUGGACAAAGUUACUCACCUGGCCUGGGAAACUUCCUUGGUGAAUUCUAGGGAGAUACCAUCAUUCUAUGAGCUGUCUAAGUUCCUGGAAAACCGCAUCCAGGCGUUGGAUGCCGCUCAGAUGACAGACCCUGCUGCUCAGGCUACUCCCAGCAACGACGGCAAGUCUAAAAUUAAAGGGGGUACCGCCGUUAAGAAGUCUGCAUCGACUUUCCACACAACGAAAAAUACGGCUUCCCGGAAAUGCCCCUCUUGUUCUGGCAAUCAUGGACUAGGAUAUUGUACAAAGUUUAAAACAUUAUCUCCGGCCAAACGCAAGGGACGCGCAGAAGAACUGGGUGUUUGCUACAACUGCCUGAACACUGGACACGAGCAGCAGAAGUGUCCUUCCUCGCAGAAAUGCUUGGCCUGCAGUCGACGACACCACACUCUGCUGCAUGAUGCAAUGACAUCGAGCCCGUCUCCAACAAAGAUGGUACAAAAGGCAUCAACGUCUGGUGACACCGCUGGCUUAUCUUCCGAUCAAGGUCCUUCAACUGCAAACGCUCUUGCCCUAACGGUGUCUCGCUCAGUUGCACUGUUAGCUACAGCCCGUGUCAAGUUGGAGGCGCCGUCUGGAGAAAUGAUCGAAGUCCGAGCUCUCCUGGACACUGGGUCGGAUUCAUCCUUCGUGACCUCCUGGGUUGCCCAAGCCCUGCGCUUGCCACGGCGGGCGGUACGGGUCGCAAUUUCGGGAGUCCAGGAACAGGAAAGUGGAGUUGCAACCCGUGAAGUGAACUUUGUCGUCCGUUCCCGUCAUUCCGAAGACUUCCGGCUGUCCGUUCGAGCUCUAGUGCUAAGGAAGCUCACUUCUUUGUUGCCGACACACCAAGUCAAAG